UUCCCAGCCAUCUCUUCCAUUUGGCUUCAGUCGGACUCCCCUGCAACGACUGAAAGAAGCUCAAGAAGACCAGGCCGAGAAUAUAAAGAGACCACCUCCCCCCCCCAAACAACAACAUUCCAACAAUCCAAGAAACAAUCAAAUAAUACUCUCAAACCAUCAUGCCUCUCAUCCUCAACGAACCUCAACCACUCCAGGAUCAAGACUUCCUCCACCAACCUCAUCACAGCCAACUCUCAUCCUCAGUCAUGGCCAAGCCAACUAAUCACAACCAACUCUUCACCAUCCUGCCACUCAACGAACAAGCCACACUUUCCCCACUAGCCAUCACUCAGCCACCCUCACCCAACCGACACCCAACCUACCUGCUCAACAACUUCCCCCAUCGGCCUCACUUCUAUCAGCCCGAGUCUGUCGGCGCUCAAGCCGGCUACUGUCUCUCACCCGUACCCCCCUCACUCCGCCAGUUCACCAACUCAGCACCCAAACCACUCAACCUCCACUCUUCUAGCUCAUCCGGAGGAAAUAGAAUCCAACAGUCUACCACCACCCACGCCGGCCGUUCAUCUCACUCUCUUGUCUCCUCAGCCGCACUCUCUUCAUUACCAUCCCUCUCAACAACUAUCGCCUCCUCAUCUUCAUCCUCAUCAACAUCCCCUCUCUCAUCAACUUCGCGAUCCAAACCACCCACAAACACUCUCAAGCCUCAAUCAUCUCCUCCGCAAGAACCAUCAUCAUCUGCUCAUCAUCGCUCGCCCGCCUCGAUGAUCAUCACCAAGAAAGUCCUCCCCGUCCCUCCCAGCCUUUCCCCCCGGGUCAGACAGAUCUUCAUGGACAAGAUCAACUCCCAGCAGGCUCAGUCGUGCGCCCAGCUCCCCCGGCGCAAGAAAAAGAAGGCCGUCGACCCCGUCGUCCCGUCCAUCUGAACUUCCACUCUCUCUGUUUGCAUCGCUGGUUUCGAUAGUCUAUCUGCUCGAUAGAGAUAGACUUGCUGCUUGUCUUGACUCUUUCCUUUCUCUCUCUCGUCUGCUUGUCUUCGGCGAGACCUCUUCUAUCUUUAUCAUCCUACUCCUCUCCCGCCCAGUCGCUCUUGUUUCUGUCUUUCUUCUUCUUCUUCUUUUCUCGUUCCCAAACCUUGUUUCUUCCGGUUUCCCAUCUCCAUCUCCGAUAUCCACCAUUCCCCCUCUCUAAUACCGUCCCGUCCAUCCGUUCCGUUCCGUUCUUUUUUCUUCGUUUUUUUUCUCUUUGAAUCAAGUCGCUCGUUUCACAUCGUCGCUCAAUUUUUUUGUUCCGUCUUUUAUAUGUGUAUAUGUUGGUUUUUUUUUUGUAUGGUCAUGUACACUCUUGUCUCGUUCUAAUCCCCCCAUCCUGCUUUUUUUCGUUUACUUCGAUCUGAUCCUCAUUUGUUUGUAUACCUACAUUUCGUGUCUUUUUCAUCGCAUCUUUCCUGUCAUCCUUUUCAUCAUCAACAACAACACCACCCGAUAUAACUUAUAAAAAAAAAAAUCUGAUGAAUACUAUGUUGCAACCAACCAAAAAAAACAUUGUCUAUCAAAGUUGCCACCCAAUCUUCAGGAGAAGACAAUGUAAU